GGUGCAGCUCAAGAGAUGGCCGACACAGAGCUCACUCUUCCCACAAAUAUGGCAGCCAAGUUGGCCCUCUUUUCUCCCACCACAUUUCUAGCAUCCUCCACCCCGUCGCCGCCACUAUAUCCUCCUUCUUUCACUUCCAUUUCACACAAGAGGAGGCCACACAGUUUCAAGAUUCAUGCAGAAUUAGGUGGUGGAGAUGGAGAAGUCAAUAAGGGAUCAGGGAAGAAAAAAUUCAUAACCAGAGAACAAGAACCAGAGCAGUAUUGGCAAACAGCAGGAGAAAGGGAAGGUGAAAAUCCCAUGAUGACCCCCCUUCCAUACAUCAUCAUAUUUGGCAUGUCAACACCUUUUGUAAUCUUGGCCAUUGGUUUUGCUAAUGGUUGGAUUAAGGUACCUGUUCGAUGAUAAUCGACAGCGAUUAAUUGCAGCUUGAGGAGCAGCAAUCGACAGCACAUGAGUUUUUCAAUCAUUUGAGUUGUUCUCAAAUGUUUUGCUUGCAUAGUCUUUUUUUUCACCAAUAUGUUUGGUAUAUGUUAUGAGUUUCUCAUAUAUAUUAAUCACAGUUGAGUACUUUUGUUUCU